AUGGUUGAUCUUUUUAAAUAAAUUGAAGAUACAGAUAAAAUUUUACAGCCUAAUAAAUUUGAAUUUAUUGGAAAUUAGACAAUUAAAAAUAAGCAGUUAGCAAAGAAUAAAGACUUCUCUUUAUGUCUAAAUGAGCCUGUAAUGACAGUGAUUACUGUCAAUAAAGUGCAAAAAGUUUAUUCAACUCCUAUUUACAAAUUUCAAGUAAGUGAAACUGAGGACAAAAAAUCAGAAUAGAUUGACGAAGAGUAUUACGAUUCUGUACACAUCGGAGAUUUCAUUCUAGUAUCUCAUAAUCAUCAAUAAAUUGAAAGCCCGAGAAAUUUAUCCGACAAGGAUAAACCUGAUAUCGCUGUAUUGAUGACUGUCUAUAAUGAUGAUAUUGAGUACUUAAACGAAGCUAUUAAAAAGGGGCUUAAAUAUAUUGCAAGAAUGGAUGCUGAUGAUUAUUCUUUGCCAUAAAGACUUGAGAUAUAGAGAAAUUAUCUUGAAAGUAACAGAGGUAUAUCUAUUUUAGGAACUUCAGUGAUAACUUUCGGAGAUAAUAUUGUGCCCAAAAUUAUUUGUCAUCCUGCUUAUGAUGAAUAGCUUAGAUACACCAUGUUAUAUUAUUGUGCUUUAGCUCAUCCAUCUGUUAUGAUGAGAUCUGAAAUAUUUAGUGAUGAUAAUGGGCAAACCUAUUAAUCUAUAUCAAUGGAGGAUUAUAAGCUUUGGCUUGAUUUAAUGUAGUAGAGCACCUUUAAGUUUGCUAAUCUUGGCAUUGUUUUAGUGAAACUGAGAAAGCAUGGAAAUAAUAAAUCACUCAAGCAUACUAUAGAUAAUGAAGCAGAUUUCAAGUUAAACUAUCUGUCAACAUUUAUAAAAAAUGUGGAAUUACUAAGCAAACUAAGAGCUAAUCCUAAUAUAGUUAAAGAAUUCAUUACAAUUACAGGCAGAGAAAUUAAAUCAUAGGAGAUAUUUAAAGGACUUAACUAUAAAAAGGAACUUGUAUAAAUAUUUGAAGAACUUAGCGAUCAUGUUAAAAACAAUUUACAAGAUAAGCCAUUGAAAAACUGA